AUGGUGAACAUAACAGUGAAGCCAGGAUGGAAGAAAGGAACAAGAAUUACAUUCGAAGGAAAAGGUGACGAGAGACCAGGCUAUCAGCCAGCUGACUUGAUUUUCUUGAUAGAUGAAAAACCACACUUGUUUUUUGAAAGAGAAGAUGACAACUUGGUCUAUAAAGCUGAGAUCCCAUUGGCACAGGCUCUUGGAGGCUGUGCCAUUUCAGUUCCAUUGCUGGAAGGUGAGAGAAUGAGCUUAUCGUUCGACAUCGUAUUAUAUCCAGGAUAUGUAAAGAUCAUCAAGGGCCAAGGCAUGCCGACUGCAAAAGAAAUAGGAAAGAGAGCCGAGAAGGCUAAUCGAGUUGCCACAUUCAAACGAAUAAACGUGACAUCUCCGACCACCUCAAAGGCUUCAACCACCACCACUUGGCUGGGAAACAUUUCCUCUACAUGGAUCAGCUAUCCUCAUCACAUGUUGGCUCAAUGA